AUGCCUAGCGCGGUGGUUGCGUUUGCAACAAAUUUGCCGCUUGGAAGGAGCCUUCCUGUUUUCGUGUCAGCUGUUCUAUCAGAUGACAGACUGCAGGUCCUGCCUGUGCAACUCUCACCAGAGAUUGCAGCUCACUUUGGUGGUAGAGUCCCGCACAUAACAGUCUCAUACGCAGCAGGCGCCCGAGCAAAGGAAGCUGGAGACCUGUUGGCAGAGGUGUGCAGCGGCUCUGACCGCCCAGUCACCAUGGAGGUGUGGCAGGAGCCCCUAGAGCUCUGUGCGCGCGUUGGGGCAAAGCUCUCGAGCAGGGAGCUGGUGUUCUCGCACGUGCGGCUGUCUGAGGCCUUGAAGGAAGAGGGCGUCACAGCAGCAGCUACCAGCCAUGCAGCUGCCGCAGCCAACGACGUGGUAGUGGAAAGCCGCAUCUUGAGCAAGAGCACAGAAGCGCAGCCGACCGCAGGCACAGCAGCGCAGGACUUGCCUGAGGAGGAUGUGGAGGAAGAAGCAGAGCUGAAGGCAAUGCUGGAGCUGGAUGACCUGCUGAACGCCCUCGACUACACGCCUGAUCGGCGGUGCAAGAGCUGGAGACCCGGUGGUGAACAGGAUGCGAGACUGUCAGAGUUAGUCUCCUCGGCCGCGCCAGCGUCAGCGCUGCCCACCCUGCUGCAGGCGGCAUUGACAGCUGCCAGCCCAGGUCAGGCGGACUCCAGCAUGCAUGCCUGGCCGGGCUGCGCACUCAGCAGCCCCGGGCAGGACGCCGCGGCGGCACUGACCCCGGCGGCUGUCGCGCAGACGAUGGCCGACCGCGCUCUCGCACGGAGCCUGGCGGACGCCGAGCGGCGCACAUCGCAGGUGCACCGCAGCGCGCGCGAUGUGUUCAGCCAGGCGGCUGCAAACGCCCACCAGCAAGGUCAAAGGGAGCUGGCACGCGAGCUGGUGAACAAGUGCCGAGAGCACGACAAGCUUGCGGUGGAGGCCCGCUUCAGAGCCAACGAGGCUGCCUUUGAUGGUUCCAACCGCAACCUGCUCAAUCGCUGGAAGGUUGACCUGCAUGGCUUGCAUGUGGACGAAGCGCUGAAGGUCCUGGAGACACAUCUGAUUGCUCUUGGGGGACUGGGGCACCCUGGCGGCAUUCUACUGCAGGUGAUUGUGGGGUUGGGGAGGCACAGUGUGGGAGGUGUGGCUCGCAUUCUGCCCGCCGUGGUGCGCUAUCUGACAGAUGCAGGGUACAGCUUCCGAGAGGAGCCCGACAAUGCUGGUGUCAUCUGUGUGCUCCUUCCUGGCAAGCGCAAUGCCUUGAGUGGACAAUUGAAGCUGACGUGCAGCAUCUUAUAUUAG